UACACUACUACCUGAAACACUAUAAUUUGUGUUCAUUUAAAGUUAUUAUUAUAUUAUUACAAUAUGCGAAAAAACGCUAUAUUUUUUAUAGUCCUCAUCAUUACCUUGGACAUGUUAACGGUCGCACAAGGGUUGCCAUAUCCAAAUUUUAGUGAGUCGGAAGAAGCCGAGAAACAUGUAGACGCACUAGGUUUGCCAAUCACAAAAGGUGGGAACGAAUUUGAAGCAUUUAAGAAUCUAAAAAUGCCAUAUUCACCUGGUGGAAAUAGAAUAUAUACAUCGCAAGCUUAUGGUGAUUCGGAUGAAGUUUCUGAAGAUGGAUUGAAGAUGAAUUCGGUCUUGGCAAAGAAAUUAGACAUGCUAGGUUUGCCAAAAAAUAUUAAAACAGGAUCAGUUUGGAACGAUUUUAAAGCAGAUGUAAAAGAUGUACCAGGUUUGCCAAAUGAUUUUACAAGAGGUGGGAACGGUUUUAAAGCUGUCAAUGAUGGAAAAGACGGACAUAUUUUGACAAGGACUACAGUAGCGAAAAACAAAGGGUUUAUAAGUCCUGACGCUAUCCAACUUGCGGCACUAUAGUGCUGUUGUAACCAUGGAACACAUGGAAGAAUGUAAAGAGUGACAGUUUAUUUUAAAUAAAAUAUAAUUAUUAUCAUUUGAUGUGUAAUCUUUUACAAAAAAAAAAAAAAAUUAUAUACUUCACU